AGCGUGCCACUGCAAGAUGCAAGCUGUAAAUCAACAAAUCAAACAGCUUUUCCUUUUCUACACAUCGUCUUCUUCGAAUUUACACAAUCGUUUCUUUCUCUCUCUACAAAUCAAAACCUUCAAAACCCAAAUGCUGUAACAACAUCCAUCUCAUCAUCCGUUUUCGUUUCUCAAUUCCAUCUGCAAAAAUGGCGUCUUUUGAAUCUUUUCCGUUAUCUGUGUAAAUAAUCCAUAUAAACCCAACAACUUUUUUUCAAAUCUUGAAAAUUCUGGUGGGUACUGGGUUGUCAAGGAAAUGGCUCCGACGUCGUUCUAUUGGUGGGGGAAAGAGACCCAUCGGGGAACUCCGGUGGUCGUUAAAAUGGAGAACCCAAACAACUGGUCAAUGGUGGAGCUUGAAAGCCCCACCAAGGACGAUUUCCUUCACAAAGGUCGUGGUCGUAACAAGAACGCUAAGCAGCUCACGUGGGUUUUACUCCUCAAAGCCCACCGCACCGCCGGUUGUCUCACCUCCAUUGCCUCCGCCACGCUCUCCGUCGUGACUGCCGUACGUCGCCGUCUCUCCUCCGGCCACACCGACUCAGAUGUCGACUCCGAAAGACCAAUGAGAACAUCUACGCGGUUUUAUUCCUGUAUAAAAGUGUUUCUUUGGGUCUCCGUUGUGUUACUAGGGUUUGAGGUAGCUGCUUACUACAAAGGCUGGCAUUUCGGAGCUCCGGAUCUACAUUUGCAGUAUUUGUAUACAUUAACGAACCCUGUUGCGUUUACUGGUUUGUUCAACUCGAUUUAUUCUAAAUGGGUCUCGAUUCGGGUCGAGUAUCUUGCUCCACCGCUCCAGUUAUUGGCAAACACUUGUAUUUAUCUGUUUCUUAUACAGAGUUUGGAUAGAUUAGUGCUCUGUGUGGGUUGUUUUUGGAUCCGAUUCAAGAAGAUCAAACCCGUCGCCAAACAAAUCCUCGCCGAUGUUGAAUCCCGUGACAACGAUGGGUUUUUCCCCAUGGUUCUUGUCCAAAUUCCCAUGUGUAACGAAAAAGAGGUGUAUCAGCAAUCAAUUGGGGCAAUUUGUAAAUUGGAUUGGCCAAAAUCGAGGAUUUUGAUACAAGUUCUUGAUGAUUCUGAUGACCCGAUAACCCAUAUGUUGAUCAAAGAGGAGGUCCAUAAAUGGAAUGAAGAUGGCGUUAAUAUUGUUUACAGACAUAGGGUUAAUAGAGAAGGUUAUAAAGCCGGUAAUCUCAAAUCCGCCAUGAAUUGUAGUUAUGUCAAAGAUUAUGAAUUUGUCGUCAUCUUUGAUGCUGAUUUCCAACCCACACCCGAUUUCCUCACAAGAACAGUUCCCCAUUUCAAGGAUAAUGAAGAAUUAGGAUUGGUACAAGCAAGAUGGUCAUUUGUGAACAAGGAUGAGAAUCUGUUAACAAGAUUGCAACAUAUAAAUUUAGCAUUUCAUUUUGAAGUGGAACAGCAAGUGAACGGGAUUUUCUUGAACUUUUUUGGGUUUAAUGGGACUGCCGGAGUGUGGCGGAUUAAGGCGUUGGAAGAUUCCGGUGGGUGGUUGGAAAGAACAACUGUGGAGGACAUGGACAUUGCUGUUCGAGCUCAUCUUCAUGGAUGGAAAAUGACCUUUCUUAAUGAUGUUGAGUGUCAAUGUGAGUUGCCCGAAUCGUAUGAAGCUUAUAGGAAACAACAACAUAGAUGGCAUUCCGGGCCUAUGCAGUUGUUUAGGCUUUGCUUGCCAGACAUUAUCAAAUCGAAGAUUAGCAUUUGGAAGAAAUUGAACUUAAUAUUCCUAUUCUUCCUAUUAAGAAAACUAAUCCUACCCUUCUAUUCAUUCACUCUCUUUUGCAUAAUUCUUCCCAUGACAAUGUUCAUACCAGAAGCCACACUUCCUGCAUGGGUGGUCUGUUACAUCCCUGCCACCAUGUCAUUCCUCAACAUCCUCCCAUCCCCUAAAUCAUUCCCCUUCUUAGUCCCUUACCUUCUUUUUGAAAACACAAUGUCAGUCACCAAAUUCAAUGCCAUGAUCUCCGGCCUUUUCCAGCUUGGAAGUGCCUACGAGUGGGUGGUCACCAAGAAAUCCGGCCGCUCCUCCUCCGGCGACCUGGCGGCGGAGGACCAGGAGGAGGAGGAGUCACCGGAGGCUUUGCAAGAAGAGAGAAUGUUGAAGAAGAAGAAGCAUAAUAGGAUGUAUAAAAAGGAAUUGAUGUUGGCUUUUCUUCUGUUGACAGCUUCUUGUAGAAGUCUUUUAUCGGCUCAAGGGAUACAUUUUUACUUCUUGUUGUUUCAAGGGUUGUCGUUUUUGUUGGUGGGGUUGGAUUUGAUUGGUGAGCAGGUGGAGUAAAAAGAUGGGGUUAUGUGAAUGAAGAUGAUUAUGUUGUAGUUGGAUAUACAUGAUGAAAAAAAAAAGGAUCAACGGUUGUUUGAAAAUAGGAAGCGGUUAACAUGAGAUUGACGUUUUAACAGUUUAC